GCAAAAGGCGGAGGAGAGCCACGGGGGAAAGUUACGAUGUGCUGAUAAGCCAGCGGUGGGGACAUUGCGACUCCAGAGACGGAGCGGAGCAAAGCUCUUCUUUCUACAAAAGGGGCUGCAGGGAACCUUUAAGACUUUAAGGAGAAUGGAGAUCCAUAUUCGCUUGAGCCUCGCAGGCUGCAUUUUUAAGAUCCUCUUCGUCCAGCUCUCCCUCUUCCGACCCAGUACAGCUCCUCCGCCACCCACCCUCAGACAACCAGAAUCCAGCAGAGAUCUGGUCCCGGCCCCCAUCAUCCGCUUCCCCGGGGAUAUUUCUCCCAAAUCAGAUAAAGAACUGGCACUGCAAUACCUGAACAAAUAUUACGGAUGCCCGAAAGACAACUGCAAUUUGUUUGUGCUGAAAGACACUUUGAAGAAAAUGCAGAAGUUCUUUGGGCUGCCCGAAACCGGGGAACUGGAUCAGAACACAGUAGAAACCAUGAAGAAGCCUCGAUGUGGAAAUCCAGACGUGGCCAAUUAUAAUUUCUUCCCAAGGAAACCAAAAUGGGAAAAGAAUCUGGUAACGUACAG